AUGAGCGAAGAAAUGCAGCAGGAUGCUGUGGACUGCGCUACACAGGCCCUGGAGAAAUUUAACAUUGAAAAGGAUAUAGCAGCAUUCAUUAAGAAGGAAUUUGACAAGAAAUACAACCCAACAUGGCACUGCAUUGUCGGGCGCAACUUUGGUUCUUACGUAACACAUGAGACUCGCCACUUUAUCUACUUUUACCUUGGGCAGGUAGCGAUAUUGCUCUUUAAGAGCGAAGAAACAGUAAGGGGCAAGAUGGCUAACAAACGCAACCUAUUGUUGUUUUUCGACCGCCCCACGGAACCAUGCUUCAUGCAGAAGGGAGAAAAGACAGUUUUCGAAUUACCCGACAAUUUCUACCCUGAGAAAUACAAGGCGGUCAGCAACGUUCUAGCGAACCGCUUUGGCGAUGGCGCUUCCGACACCAUCUCAGUCAACAACAUUGCACUGCCGAACCUAUCUUUGCCUCUGCAACUACCCUACAACGCGCAAUUCUCGCUAUGGGUACCAAAACAUAGAAAAAUGGCUGCCAACCUCAUUGAUAUUUUUAUGGGUAUGCGCACCCUGGACGACCUUCAAUCAAUCUGUUCCUACUGCCAAAUGAGAAUCAACCCUUACUUGUUCAACUACUGCCUCUCGGUGUCCAUCUUACACAGAGAGGACACCAGGGGCCUCAACCUUCCCACCUUUGCUGAGACUUUCCCGGACAAGUUCAUGGACCCGAGGGUGUUCAGGAAGGCGAGAGAGGUCGCCACUGUAGUACCAACUGGGAACAGGAUGCCAAUAGUGAUACCGCAGAACUACACCGCGUCCGAGGCUGAGCCGGAACAACGCGUGGCCUACUUCCGCGAAGACAUUGGCAUCAACCUGCACCACUGGCACUGGCAUCUCGUCUACCCCUUCGACGCUUCGGACCGGUCCAUCGUCGCGAAGGACAGGCGAGGGGAACUCUUCUACUACAUGCACCAGCAGAUCAUCGCAAGGUACACAGCAGAGCGCUACUGCAACAACCUGAGCGCGCCGCGUCGUUACAACAACUUCCGUGAGCCAAUCGAAGAAGGAUAUUUCCCCAAGUUGGAUUCGCAGGUCGCCAGCCGCGCCUGGCCACCGAGGUUCGCCGGAUCCGUGAUACAAGACUUGCACCGACCGGUCGACGAGAUCCGAAGUGAUGUCUCCCAGAUGGAGGACUGGCGAGCUCGCUUCAUCGAGGCCAUUGACAGCAUGUCCAUUAUGCUGCCCAGUGGCAGACGCGUUCCCUUGGACGAAGCGACAGGAAUCGACAAUCUUGGCAACAUGAUGGAGUCGUCAAUAAUCAGCCCCAACCGACCCUACUACGGAGACAUGCACAACAUGGGGCACGUCUUCAUUUCUUACUCUCACGACCCUGAUCAUAGGAACUUGGAACAAUUUGGCGUUAUGGGUGACUCGGCCACCGCUAUGCGAGACCCCGUCUUCUACCGUUGGCACGCGUACGUUGAUGAUCUCUUCGUGAUGUACAAGAACAAGCUAACUCCCUACUCCAAUGACAAGCUUGAUUUCUCCGGAAUCCGUGUUAUGUCCGUGGGCCUGGAGGGAUCGGCUGGUCGUAACCAGAUCUCCACCCAGUGGGAGCAGAGCACCGUAGACCUGGGUCGUGGUUUGGACUUCACCCCUAGGGGCAGUGUUCUCGCCAGGUUCACUCAUCUUACGCAUGAUGACUUCUCUUAUGUUAUCGAGGUAAACAACACGUCAGGCCAAGGUGUAGUGGGCACCGUCCGGCUGUUCAUGGCACCAGUACAGGAUGAGCGUGGCGGCCCCCUCAACUUCAACGACCAGAGGAGACUCAUGAUUGAGCUGGACAAAUUCACGGAGAACCUGCCCUCCGGCAGCAGCACCAUCCGUCGUUCCUCGGUCAAUUCGUCCGUGACCAUUCCCUACGAGAGGACUUUCCGCCGUCAGGCAGACCGUCCAGGGGACCCAGGCUCUGGAACAGCUGCCGAAUUCGACUUCUGCGGUUGUGGAUGGCCACACCACAUGCUCGUGCCCAAGGGAACAACGAGCGGUACACCUUACGUGCUGUUCUGUAUGAUUUCCGAUUGGAAUAAUGAUAGAGUGGUCCAAGCGGACGUAGUCGGGUCCUGCAAUGACGCAGCGUCGUACUGUGGUCUCCGCGACAGGAAAUACCCGGACAAGGAGGCAAUGGGUUACCCCUUCGACAGACCCAUUCCUGUCUCCAGCCUCAACGAUUUCCUCACUCCCAACAUGAACGUCAGCGACUUCGUAAUUCGUUUCAAGGACCAAGUGCGACAGCAUCAGGGGAAACCGGGAAUGCAAAACAGCCAAGUAACCCAAUCCGCUGUAUUUACCGAUACCAGCUUUGAUGGUGGUAUUUCCCUUUCGGAUAACACACAAAGCAGUCAACCUUCAACUGCCCAGCUAGGGAUUUUCACCCAAAAUGCUUCUCAAAACGAGAAUGAAAGUAGUAAUGAAAAUUCGAUGGCCAUCUUCUCCGUAUUCCUUCUUGUUGUUUGUGAGCCACAACAAGAGUCCAUUGCUGGCACGGAGUACCCCAGCCUUUACCAACAUUUUGACAAAACCUAUGGGUGGAAUGCUGACAACAUCUUUGAUGAAAAUAAUAGAUAUGAUGAAGUGCACCGAAGUAUAUUAAGUCAAGAGUCUAAUGAACAAUAUGACUCUUCUGAUACGGAUCGGCUCGAUGGAACCAGACAUCGCACGAGACAAUCGAAUAACGAAUACCAAAGCCCACAAGAGGACAGUGACGAAAUUGACAAAAAAGUCUCCAUUCCUGAAAGAAAAAAUCAGGACAAAAAAUCUAAUGGUCGAAAUCACAAUGGACAAAGAGAUAUUAAUAGAGAUAAAAAUAAUGAUGACGUAGAUGGUAGAGAUGACAAAGGGGAUAGAAAUCGAAAAAAGGAUAACAAUGAGGGGCAAAUGGACAGGGAUAAUGGUCGACAAAAGAAUUACGAACGUGAUCAGAAUAAAGAUUCUAAUAACGAAAAACGAGAUCAAAGCAAUGAAAAGGAUCGUAAAAAAGAAGAUCGAAAAGGACGCGAUGAAUAUAAAGAAAGUAAGGAUAGUAAUAAUGAACGAGAAUAUGAUAGUAAAAAAAACCGUGAGAGGGAAGACCGAAAAAAAGAACGUGAAAAUGACAAACAAGAUAGAAGUAAUGGCUAUAGUGGCAAGAGUAAUAAUGACAGUCGUAAGGACACGUAUAAUGAAAAAGACCGUGAAAAAGAAAGUAAAGUUCAGAGUUAUAGCAAAGAUGAUAAACAACAACAGCACAAAGAUUAUGAACUAAAAGGCGUAGAUAACAAUGACGAAAAACCCAGUGAAAAUGAAAAUUAUAAGCAAAAGAAUGAUAAUAAUCAUCGUAAAGAAAAUAGAGGAUAUGAAGAAAAAGAAUACCAAAAUGAUGAAAGGCGGAACUAUGGCAAGAAAGAAGAAGGCCGUAUUUUAAUACCUAAAGACAAAUACGACAACAACCGCAGUCCUCCACGUUACAGCUACUUAGAAAGUUUAAUAACUGCACCUAUUUUAAAUAACGAAAAAGUGGACUCAGAUUACAAGGAAAAAAAUACUGUUAACAAUGCUAAGAAUAACGAGCAAGUUAUUGAAAUACAUGGAUUUAUAAGUAAAGACAAAGAAAAUAAAGAUGAUCAAGUAAAAGUUGAUGUGAUUGUUAAAAAAGCUGACGUGCCCUCCAAGAAAGGAGACUUGUCACAAAAUUCAGGUCAGAAAAUAGACGGAGGUAUUCACAUUCAAAAAGUCAUAGAUAAAGAAUUGUAUGAUAAAAACAUACAAAUAUCUAAGCCGUUAUCUAAUAGUAAUAACGGGUACAAUCAAAAAAUUAUAAAUCAAAGUAAAAAUUAUAGAGAAGGCUAUUCCAAUUACGUUCAAGAAAAGAAGGAAUUGCUCGGGGGUAUUGAGCUUUUAGGGCUGAUAAGUAAUUUAGGCCAAGAAAUUAAAGAACAGGUUAUUGAAAAAAUACCAGGUUAUCAUUUUAUUCAAAGCUUAGAUCCAAGAGGACAGAAAAGUAAGCAUAAAGAACAAUACUUGUACGAACAAGAAAAAAAACAUCCUAAAAUUGAUCUUGAAGUGUAUAGUCCGGAAAUUAUAAAAAAUGAAGAAAUGGGUAAGGUAGCGAAAGAUAAUCCAGCUUACUCCAAAAAUUCUAAGUCAGAUAGUGGUUUUAGUAUAAUCAAGGAGACAGAAAUUGACUCUUACACUAAGAUUAAAAAUAAAGAAGGUGGUGAAAAAGUCAAAGUAACCAAUGAAGACAAAAAAUAUAUACAGGAAAAAGAAAUUGAUAUUUAUGGCAAUAAACAAAGAGCUAGUGUCAGAAUUGUAGACGAAGGCAACGUUAUCAAAGUCAAGGAAGAUAACUACGAGAAAAUUAAAGGUAGAGAUAAUAAAGAAAGUGUUGACGAAAGAAGAGGAGAUUACAAUUACGCCAUACAUCAUAAAUCAGAAAAAAAUAAGGAAAGCAAAUCUAACGAAAACAACAGAAAAAUCAUCGACAGUCCAAAACAAUUUGAACAAGAAAAUACAAAAGACAGAGAAGAUUUAAAAAGUUAUAGUGUUUAUGACCAGAAAAAAGGCGACUACCGAAUCCCAAAUUAUACAAACGAUGAACCCGAAGACCAUGUAGUUGUUUUUCAAACUAAAGGAAAUGAUAACGGUAUUAUUAAGCAGGAUAAAAUAUACCCUGUCAAUUCAGAUGGUUAUUAUAAUCAAGGUUAUAAUAAUGAAAAAACAACUAAACAGUCUUACGAUAUAUCUAAGCAGCGAAAAGAGAAUUACAUCUAUGAUUAUGUGAUAGGCAGUGUGAACGGCGAGUUAAGUCUUGUUAAGAAGCCGAAAGUCAAUAACUUCAAUGUACCUCCAUUCUCGGCCUAUAAUAGUAGAGAAAAUGUUUACAAACAAGAUGACCGAUAUCAUUCAUAUGAACAUUUAUAUAGUAAUGGUAGACCUGUAUCAGACUAUACGUUUAAACAGAACCAAGGAUGGUCACACGAAGAAAAUACUGAUUAUAAAAAAGAUGACUAUUUUAAUACUGGUAAUCGUCAACAAUAUAACAUUCAAAGAGAACCAAAAGGGUAUGGAUACUUAGAACCUAAUAUCAAUAAGGGAUAUCCUGAAAACUUCGGAAUAGGGCACAACCCUGUUCCUUUUGGACCUGGGUACAACGUUUAUCAGCCACCGACAUACUCCUUUUCUGGAUUUGCCAAUCAAGUAAAACCACAGAACUCCUACGUUCCCAAUGCAGCAAAUCUAAACCGAAAAGCAGGGUAUCAAUAUGAGGAAAAUAAUUAUAAAGAGCCGUAUUAUAAUUAUGAUAGUCCAAGUUUUUCCGAGAGUAAUUAUAAACAGGGUUAUGAUACCUCAUACCAGGGAUCAAGCAAAGCGUAUGUGUAUGAAUAUCAGUUGCCCUUCGCCAGUGCCAUCUUCGUUGCUAUCGUCCUUGCUGCUGCAGAGCCACAAGGUUCUGGACGGGACGGCAAUGGCAGACAGAUAAGCAAUUCAAAUAGUAGGGACCGCGAGAACCAUAACAGAAACGACCGACAAAGGGAUGACAAUGCGCGAGAGAAUGGCGAACGUGACAGACAAGAAAGUAAUGGGCGUGAUAGUGACGAUAAACGAAGCGGAAAUCAAGAAAGCAACCGAGGAACUGAGGGUCGGGACAAAGGCAAUAGCGAGAAGGAUAUCAGGAAAAAUGAUAGGGAAGGCAAAAACAAUGACAGGGAAGAAAGAAACAAUGAGAGGGACGACAGGAAAGACAGAAACAAUGACAAAGACGGCAGGAAAAAUGAUAGAGAAAGAAGUAAUAAUCGAGAAGGGAGAGUGAAUGAAAGGAAUAGAAAUACUGACCAAGUCGAUGGCCGCGACCGCGAUAGACAUCGUUAUCACGAGGGCUAUGACCACGAGAAAUAUCACGAAUACAACAAUUUCGACCAUGACCGACGGCACAACAACAGAGACUACAAGAAGUAUGAUCGAGAUAAUCAUAGGGAAUACGACAGAAAUUAUUAUGACUCAGCGCAUGAAAAACACGGUCCUUCACAUCCUGUAAAACACGAUUCCGAAUAUUUGGUCCCAGUGAAACAUGACUCUGGUUACUUGUCACCUGUGAAACAUGAGCCUGUUUACGAACCUCCUGUGAAACAUGAGCCUGUUUACGUGCCUCCUGUGAAACACGAGCCUGUUUACGUGCCUCCUGUGAAACAUGAGCCUGUUUACGUGCCUCCUGUGAAACAUGAGCCUGUUUACGUGCCUCCUGUGAAACAUGAGCCUGUUUACGUGCCCCCUGUGAAACAUGAGCCUGUUUACUUGGCUCCUCUAAAACAUGAUCAUAAAUAUUUGGCCCCCAUAAAACCUAACCCUAGUUACGUGCCCGCUGUGAAUCACGAGUCCGUUUACUUGGCCCCCGUAAAACAUAACUAUGGUUACGUGCCUCCUAUAAAAUAUGAGUCCGUUUACUUACCACCUGUAAAGCAGGAUCACGAAUAUUUGGCUCCAAUAAAACAUGACCCUGGCUACUUCUCACCUACCAAGCACGAUGUGGGUUACAAACAUAACCCUGGUUAUUUGCCUCUUGUAAAACACGACUCCAAUUACGUGCCCCCUGUUAACCGUAAUCCCGCUUACUAUACUCCUAUAAAAUAUGAUGGUUACUUAGAUCCUGCAAAAUACGUUCCCAGUUUCUUGCCUCCUUUGAAACCUGACUCCAAAUACAAUUUCUAUCAAAAGGUUCCAUAUCCUGAGCACGACGAUAAGCCUAGUCACGAACAAUACUUGAAGGAACCAUACUUACAGUAUGACAGAUACGGGAACAAAGGACACGAAGAUGACUAUUACAAGAACUUGCACUAUCCACAAUACGGUUCGCCGGAAACUCUUGAAAAACCUUAUAACGAUGGUUACUAUGGACCGGUUUACUAA